CUUUUUUUUCAUAGACAUGUGACAUCAUUACCAUAUUUUCAAAAACAGUUUAAUGAAAAGGAAAUAAAAAUGAAUAAUUUCAGUGAUUCUUGUCAAUCUCCUCCACCAAUAACGAUAUGUAGUAGUUCAGAGUCCACAUAUUCCUAUUGCUCUUUAAAUGAAGAAAAAAAAGUUAUAAGAACCAACCAAUCACGUUUUUGUAAAAUUGGAAAAGAGGCAAGAAAAUUAGCAUAUCAUAAUUGCCUCAUGGAUGUCGCACUUAUAGUUGAAAAUUGGAAAAUAUAUGCUCAUAAAUUGGUUCUAGCUGCUCAUAGCGAAAAAUUAGAAAAUUUAUUUCUAACUGUUGAUAAAAAUCCUAAAUGUAUAUCUCUGAAUAAGCUUAAUGUUACUGCAGAUGCUGUUAAGAAAACUGUAUCAUGGAUGUAUGGUCAUUGUAUGAAAGUGACGCCAUCUUGUUGGAUAGAAGUAGUUAAAGUUGCAAGACAACUAAAAAUUAAUGAUUUAUCAUGGAAGUUAGAAUCAAAGUUACCCGAGAUGCUAAAUUUAUGCGAGGAAGGGUUGGAAAAUUUUAUUCAUAGUGAAGCAUUUAAGGUUAAAAAAAAGGAUUUCACUUAUUAUAUACUUAACAGCCUUUAUGAUUUAAUCUAUAACACUAGAGAUUAUAUUGUGUUGAUAAUUUCAGUUCUAUGUAAUAUGGGGUUUCAGUUAUCAUUCAAUACUCAUAUUCUUUUUGAUUAUAUUUUAUAGUAAUUACAUAGAAAAUCUAAAAAUCUAUAUUCUCUUUUAUUUUAAGGAACUCUCUUUUGAAGGCGUCAAGUAUCUUUUGUCGUCUCCUUUAUUAGCUACGAAAGACAAGGACGUUUUAGCUGCACAGGGAGCUUGCAUUUGGGUAAAAUCGUGUUUAAGAGAAAGAAAAGAUCAUUUACGCUGUUUGAUUAGCUGUUUAGAAGUGACUAGAAACUGCUUAUAUGAAAUUUUAACCUACUUCAACUUAGUAAAUCAAUACGAAGGCAAAUAAGAUUUCUAAUCUUAAGUAAUCACCUUCUUACCUAUUUUUUUAAAUCACUACUCCUUUAUAUUCUUGUAUUUACAUACAUUUUACCUUGAAAAACACAUAUACAUUAUAAUUAAGUUUUCAUUUUCAACUGCGUUUAAGGCAUAUACAUGCCAUUGUUAGUUGACUACUUAAUGGAUUUUACCACUAUCGUAACAGUAUUAUACAAAGACGACAAAGUUUCUUUAAAAAAUGACUUUUGAACUGAGUUUAUCCUAUUUUUUAUGAAAUAAAGUUUAGGAAAUUUAUUAAUUGGCCUACAUUUAGUCAACUUUCUUUCCUUCAUCCUCAACAAAUUCUUUUUAGAGAUUAGGCAAAGUUACCUCAAGUAAUAAAACAGACCUUUUAUUAUCCUAAAAUUUCUUAUCGGCUUACUAUUUAUUUCCCAGAGCUUAGCUUAUAAGUUAGAUAUGGAAAAAAUUGUUAAAAUUGGCUAUACUAUUAAAAAUGCCGAAGUGGAGUGUACAAUUUGUACAAAGUCUUGGGUUGAUAAUGAUCCUCGAAUGUUGCCUUGCCAGCAUACUUUUUGUUAUCACUGUCUAGAUGAAUUACAGGAAAAUUCGAUGUCGACAAAAAUUCUUCAAUGCCCCGCUUGCAGGGCCAAAUAUCCUUGGCCAGAUGAAGGAACCAGUGGAUUUCCCAAGAAUAGAUUUGCGACUGCCCUCGAAGAGAAUACGAUAUUCUAUUGUUCGAGGCAUCCGCUUAACAAGUCGAUCGAAAGACCUAUUGUCUGCAAAGAUUGUAAACAGAAGCGUCUUUGCCUUGAGUGCUUAUUAGAACACAGAACUUGUGAUCUGGCAUCCCACGAUGAUCAUAUAGUGGAACAGACUGCGAUUGUCGACAAAUAUAGCCGCAAGGCUGAUGAUCUGGAGAAAAGAUUUAAAGAAAAUAGGUCGAUUCUUGUGAAUCGUGUAGAGGAAGUAACGGCUUCUGUGAUUGAUAUAAUACGUCAUCAGUCGAAUGACAUUCUUAAAGAUAUCGAUCAACAUUUCCGUUUAAAUGCUAAUCUAUUAAAAGCAUUUAGGGAAUGCUUAAAAAAGGAAUUCCUUACUAAUGAAUUAUUAGGCAAUCGAUUAUCAGAAAUUUGCAACAGAUCUAUAGAAUUCGUAGAAUUAUUUGAUCCAAGCUUUAAUACUUCUUAUCUAGGCCGAAUUAACGUUGCAGAAUCGAGAUUUACGGCCGUUAAAUUCUGGAAAGAGAAAGAGUUUCAGGCGCAGAGCAAUCUUUUAACAUAUUACAAUGAUGACUUGUUGGUUGAUGUUACAUCACAUGAAGAUAAGGAGAAAUACGUAAUUAAGGACGUUCUCACAGGAACAAUUUUACAUGAGGAGAAAAACGAAAUAAUCGACAUAUUUAUAAUUCAUUCAUCGACAUUUUAUUUCGUAUCCAAUAGCGUAAUAUCUAAAUUUCAAUUAGAUUCAUCUGACAGAGAGAUAAUUAAUGGGUUGAUCGACGUUGUUAAGAUAACGGGUAAUAAGAUAAACGAUGAAACAGAUAUACUAGGAGUUUUAUGCGCUGGCGAAGACGAUAGCACUCAGCAGACGUUGGCUUUAUUAAUGGACGAUGAAAUCAGAUGGUUGAGAACCUUAGAAAGCGGUUUAGAGAUUCUUAGUUUCUGUAUUUUAAACAUCGGUGACUUACUAUGUUUAACUAAUUCUAAAACAAUUGAGAGAUAUUGUGCAGAGACGGGAAAUCAGCUGCAGCAAACUUCAGAAAAUAUCAGCCUAUUCGGAAAUAUCUCUAGUUGGUCUUUCGGUGGCUUUUUACUGCUCGAAAAAGAAAGUAACAAAAUAAAGCAUUUUAAUGAUAAUUUUAUACUAAUUUCUACUAUUGAGAUUGAAGACCUAAACGAAGACGUCGAUUACAUACAAACAUCACUAAAUGGUAAAAUAUUGAUAGGAGUAAAAGGUAAAGGAAGCAUUCUUUAUUCAUCGUAUUCGUACUGAUGAAUAAAUUAAUAUAUCGACUAAAAAACUAUUGGCAAUAAUAAUAAUAAUUAUUAUUAUUUGCACUAGUAUAAUCAAUAAUCAAUAAUAAUCUGGAAUGUGAUUUAUCUUUUCUUUUACUUUUCUUGAAUUUCUCUCCCCCAAUAAAAAUUCUAAUGUAAGAUAAAACUUGUAUACAAUGGCAAUAAAAUACAGUGAAUAUCUAGCUCACUGUUUCUUUUAUGAGUAUGACACUAGAAUAUUUUCAAUUGAUAAUUUACCCUUUGAAGCACUUAAUAGCAAUUGUAUCCAAUUUGUGUGCAGGUGUCAAAUAUAUAUAUAAUUGUGAAAAAUUAAUUAUACUCUUUUUCAUUAUUUUAUCGAGUAUGAGAAUAGAGUAUAACACAAUUUUACCCUUGAUAUAACGACAGAAGGUUGGUCAUAUAGGAGAUUAUGAGAUAGAUUAUACCUAUCGAAGUUAGCGACCUGGAAAAAUCUAUUUUCAAUCUUCUAUAAAACUGGAGAUGUAAUCGUAUAAGUAUAAAAGUAUCUAACACAUAUUAAAGUAUAUAAUUUGCAUAUAAAUUAAAGGAAUAUCAGAGAAAGGGAAAGAGAGUGAGUGAGAGGAGUAUCAGUCUGUAGUUUAAGAAAAAGUUUAUCUCGGUGAAUAAAGUUGUCCUUGAGAACGAUAAGAAAACAUCUUCCAUCGAUAAUUAUAGAAAGAAUAGCAGUCUUUGCAUGAUACUUAAACAUCAUUUAUCUGACAUUUAUUAUCUUUUUUUGAGCAGAAUGUUUUGUUCUCAGAAAAUUUACACUUUCCUUUAUUACUUUUUUUCCCACAAG